ACUGUACAUUGCCAUUGGAAUGUUUGAAGAGUUACCACUGUCGCGAUUGACGUAAAAAACUGCGCUUCAUUGUCAUCUGAACAGGCAUCCUUGUUGUGACGUACUGCUAUAACCGCCAUAUCUCAGCUCAUGAAGGUCAGAUUGUUUUCGUGGAAGGGGCAGGCUUAAAUUGUACAAAAAGGCACUGCAAUGACGAGUACGCUCCAAGAAGAUUGACGGGACGACACGCUGUCGUUUGUUGCCCCCAGCGGACGCUCGUGUCAUUUCUCUUUCUUUGUUAGGCGUUGUUUGUUCCCUUAAGCUUGCAUCAACAUCCCAUGAAUGUACAAUAAUAGCGCACAAGGCCAUUGUAUCCGUUCUGGCGUUGCUUCUGAUCGGAUAGCAGCAAGGACACGAAUCUGCUACAAGGACCUGUUGUAUAAUAAAAUUCACUGUCACUGAAUUCUUUUCCGGCUGGUUCUAAUGUAUUUCUUUUAUGUCACUACGACUACAUUGAAAAGCUGGAGCUGAAUACAUUUCCUGGUGUGGCAAGCGAAUCACUUAGGCACUGGCUUAGCCUAGUUUGGAACAAGCCCGGAAGGAAAGAUGGAGGCGGUGGGACUGAAGAGCAUUGUUAUUGUUGCACUGGUACUCUCAAGGGUUAACCAUGCAACAAGAGCGCGGGGGGACAACCCCUUGGAAGCAAUGGAAGAUGGUGUAUUUAUGGCUCGUGUGGCAGACAAAGGCUUUCCCGGCCUUCUGGAGCCAGGAAGAAAUGCAGGUGCAGGUUUUGGAGCAUCGAGUUUUGGCUUUGAGAUUGAGCCAGGUGGUCUAGGUGUACCAGGUGGACUAGGUGGACUAGGUGGAUCAGGAGGACUAGCUGGACUAGGUGGACAAGGUGGCCCAUCGUUUGGAGCAUCCUUUCCGGGUGGAGCCGGAAACCUGGGACCUUACGGCCCUGGACUUCAUGGUGGACCACUUGGAGGGGCGAUAGGUGGCGGUGGAUAUGUUGGUUCCCAAUCCGGCCUUGGGGGAAAUGAAUAUAUAAGAGGCAUUUCAAGCGACAUCCAGAGAAGGCGUCAGGCAUGGCGCACGGAGAAAUGGCUAAGGAAGCAGGAGAGAGAGCAGCGCCGACAACUGCGGAAUGAACAGUGGCUGAGUCGACAACUACGGAGAAUGGAGCGUAAAGAACAACGCAGACGAGAAAAAGCAGAACGGAAACUGGAAAAACAAGCAAAGCGGAUUGUUGCGACUGCAGGGGCAGAGAACGUGAAAAGAGGCACGCUCGGGCUUGGUGCUGGCACUGGGCUGCCAGAGGGUGCUUCAGUAGCUUGAUAUUCUAUUAGAGCUCGGAACCCCAGGAACGGAUAGAUGGCUUUUGUCAGUCUCCUGCGAAAUUCGACCAGACCCAUCAAUAAAAAAAGAAUAUGCUGUACUGCAUGG